AAAAAUGGAAUACUUCAAGUUUUUAUCAAUAUUUACGUAACGAAAUUAAUUAUUAUGCGCAAAACAAUAAAUUUAAGUGUAAAAAAUGAACAAGGUUGCUAAUUAUUUGAAACACCUUGUUCAUUUAUCCCCGGGUUAUCUAUGUCCAAUCUUUAUAACAGUAAGAUCAAUUGCGUCAAAGGCAAAAGAAAAGAACAUCGAGGAAUGCUACCAAAUUCUGAACAUCCCUAAGAACUCCAACCAGGAUGACGUCCGCAAAGCUUUUCUCGAAAUGGCCAAGAAGUACCACCCUGACUCUGGAUCUCCUUUCUCAGACAGAGAGAAGUUUAUCUACGUAGAAAAUGCUUUCAGAACAUUAACAAAGCAUAAUACUGGUAUUAACAGCAAGGAAGAGAUCGAGAAAAUUGUCUUUGAUAUAAGGCACACAGCACCGCAACAUCGGCAGUACUUGAGCUAUGAAGGCUAUGGCUAUGGAACUAUCUUUCAAAGACAAAAACAAUUCACCCAAGCUCGAGCUCAGAGAGCCGCCACUAAUGUCAUGGAACAUCGUAUAGAGAAAGCUGUUGCUUCAGAAAACGCCCUCAUGAAGAAAGGGCAAGGCUUCUCAAGGAAACAUGACAUCAAAACUAAAUAUGGUUUUGACAGGCUUGUUGAAGAUCUAAUCCAGGAGUCUAUAUCUAAAGGGGAAUUUGAAAAUCUCAGCGGCAAAGGCAAGCCUUUGAAGGAUCAAAAUACCAAUCCUUACGUUGAUUUUACGACGCAUAAGUUGAACGAAGUGCUUAUAAACAACGGGUUCACACCAGAAUGGAUAACAUUGGCCAAGGAAAUCGAUACUGACAUAGAUAAAUUAGAACAAGAAAUACGUUCGGAGCGAAUGCCUCUUGGACCGUUUCCAAUGACCGAACAAGAAACCGCGAAGUGGGAUAAAAUUUGCGACAAUAAUAAGAAAUUAGCAACGUCUAUUAACAAAAAAAUAAAUACGUACAAUCUAAUAGUUCCUAUACUGAAUAGACAAAAGUUCUACGUCGAAUUUGACAAAUUAUGCGACGACAUUCUAAAGAAUGGCACCCAUUCAGUUCAAAAAGAAAAGAACGCUAAAAAAGAAAUUAUAAAAGUUGAAAACGUUAAAAACAAUGGUGAGGACUUUUUCUCUAUGUUUUUUAGAACUGUUGUAGACAUCCUCACUUUUAAAAGAAAUGCAAACCAAAAAUUGUGAGCUUCUGUAAUGCAAUGACAAUUGACUUUGAAAAGCGAUUACUUAGAAAAAGCACCUUCUUACGAUAUCCUUAGUAAGAAUAGUUUCAUGUUCAUCUAAACUUGUACCAAUCAUUGAAGUCAUUUUGUCAAAGCA